CGGCGGAUCGUGCCUCCAAAACUUGACGGACAUUAUUCUAUAAGGCGAGUGGGCCUUGCCUUACUUCGGUUGGGCCUGCCCGUCAAUUUUUGGAAGCCUCGAUACAAUUCGAGGCUCUACCCACUAACCCAUCUCGAAUUACUUUAACCGGAUUAAACUGUUUUCACACACAAAGAAUUCAACCUGUACCCUAUAUAUGGUGCAUUUCAUGUAUCAAACAGAUUAAUCUGUAACCUGGCUUUGAACAAAAUAAUAAUAACGGAAUUAAUUCGGUUCGGACAUUAUCUUGAUUGAACCGGAAAUAGCCCACCGGUCUCGAUCGCUAACACUGUUCCUACUUAUUACUAAAAGAUAACUCCAAUUUUGAAGUUCUGAUCAGCCUUUCAUGGAUCUCACUUUCACCCACAGAUUCGUGAACGUCAACGGAAUCAACAUGCACUUCGCCGAGAAAACUCCCUCCGUCGCCUCCGACGGAGCAGCUCCACCUCCUCCGACGAUACUCUUCCUCCACGGAUUCCCGGAGCUCUGGUACACGUGGCGGCACCAGAUGACGGCUCUCUCUUCCCUAGGCUACCGCACGAUCGCUCCCGACCUGCGCGGAUACGGAGACACGGAGGCGCCGGAGAGAGCGGACGCGUACACGAGCCUCCACGUGGUCGGAGAUCUGAUCGGACUGAUCGACGCGGUGGUGGGAGGUGAUCGGGAGAGAGUGUUCGUGGUGGGGCACGAUUGGGGAGCGAUCAUCGCGUGGCAUCUCUGUCUACUCAGACCGGACAGGGUAAAGGCUCUGGUGAACAUGAGCGUGGUGUUCGAGCCUUGGAGCCUCAAGAGGAAACCGAUCCCAAUGUUUAAAUCGUUCUACGGAGAUGACUACUAUAUCUGCAGGUUUCAGGAGUAUGGGGAAAUAGAGGCGGAGUUCGCUAAAGUUGGCACGGAACGGGCGCUUAUGGAGUUUUUAACGUAUAGUGAUACUGGUCCUAUACUCUUACCUAAAGGGAAAAGCUGUGAUGAUUAUGAUGAUCCUGUUUCACUCCCCUCUUGGCUAACAGAGUAUGAUGUUAAGUAUUACGUUUCCAAGUACGAGAAGAGUGGCUUCACUGGACCUGUUAACUACUACCGAAACAUGGACCGCACGUGGGAGAUGAUGGGGACAUUCUCAAACGCUCAGGUGAAAGUUCCGGUUAAGUUUAUAAUCGGAGACCAAGAUUUGACGUAUCACAUUCCAGGGACCAAGAAGUACAUCCACGAUGGCCGGUUUAAGAGCCACGUACCGUUGUUAGACGAAGUUGUCGUAAUUAAAGGCGUUGGUCAUUUUCUCCAUGAGGAAAGGCCUGAGGAGAUAAGUAAACACAUCCACGACUAUUUCCGCACUUUUUAGACCCAAAUUGUAAUUUAGAUGCAUGACAUGUACCUGGAAGACACUUUAAGCCAAGGUUUAUUAUCCAAACCUGUUUAACACAUGCGGAUUGAACAUAACAAAAUAUCUUUUGCAAC